AUGUUAACUCUCGACAACAGCUGGCACUGGAACUAUAUAUACCGAGGGGAUAUCAAUCGUGACGUCGGGUACCGCGUCUGUGUUGUCGGAUGUGGCUACAUCAUCGCCACCACAGGCACCUUCAUAGGCAGUGCCAUCAUCACUGGGUGUGGAUAUGGCUCGGGUAGUGGUACCCUCACAGGUACUGGCACCAUUUGGCCUGCUCAAGGAAUGGGAAUGGUUUCGGUCGUCUCAUCGGGGAUUAUCAGUGGAAGCGGAAGCUUCAGGGGCUGUGGGACAUUGACUGGCUCCGGCGUGUUCACUGCCACCGAGGGAUACACAACCACAAUUCUUGCUCCCGUUACCACCACAUCGGCCGCUUCUGCCCGCCCUACCCAGACGGUCAGUGUCUUUGUCUCGUACUGCGUAGCCGACUCCAACAGUCAACAAGGGAAUAUCAUCGUCAACAUCUUUGGUAACAACAAUACGCUCGUUUCUCCAAUUCUGGCUUCGAACGGUACCGAUCUGGUGAGCAUCUCCAACCUCGGUUCCGCGGAAAAUGCUCUCUGCAACGUAUGUCCCAACAGUGUGGGUAUUUGCUGUCCUCCCGGCGUGACGUGCGAUGAGGACGACGGCAAAUGCCCGCAGCACGCCGUCGAGAUGGCCGGCAACACCAUCAACGGGUACCUCAUCCCGCAGGUGAUGAACAGCAGCGCACCCGUCGAGGGUCAGAGGAGGCACAUGGCUCGAGUAAGGGUCAAGAGUCGGGAGGAGAAGGAACGAGAGCUGCAGAUGGACAGUCGAGGGGUCAGAGAAAAGGAAAAGAUGAGGCAAGAGCACCACCACGGCCAUAGCCACGGUCAAAGUCAUGUGGCCCAUGCACACAUCCAGGAGGGGGGAAGGAAGAUGAAGAAAAAACAAUUCUAGACCACGGCCAUGCGCUCACCGUGAAGGGGAAAAGAGGAUGCAGAGGAAACAAGUCCGGACCGUGGCCACGAGCUCAUCCAGGAGGAGAAAAACAAUAUGAGGAGAGCCACGGCCGUGGAGACGGUGACUUGUGAUCUUUUCGGUCUUCGUCCAGACCAUCCACGUGCAC